AGUUGGAGUUGGAGCAUAUAUAAACAAAAAAUCAAAGUUUGAAGGAGGAAAAAAACACCGAAGGAGAAAUUUUGUAAAUUUUCUUGGGCAGAAAGAAAACUGCUACAAAAUUAAGCUUUCAACGGCAACAAAACAAUACAAACGCAAAAAAUCGAAAAUGAAAUUGGAGCCGAAUGUAAAUGGGAGUCCUUUGGUAACACCAUUGAAAAUUUCCGCAACUCUUGGGGGACAGAAGGUGGAGCCCGCUAUACCACAAGUUCCACCACCGCCAGAGACGCCGAAAUCCGAAAAUGAAGAGGAUUUCGAUCAGUUUCCGGAAGCUGAUGAGGAUUUAGACGAUGGCAACGGUAGUGGUUGUGUAAAAACCGAAAAUGGCAGUGAAUUUAGUGCGGAAACGAAACCCUUUGCCAAAGUGGAUGAAUCUGUCGACAAUGAAACGGGUGAAACUGAAGAGUCCACGGGCAAAAAGAAAUCGGUGCGAAAAAAACGUUCCCUCAAUUGGGAAGAAGCUGAGCGUGGUCUCCUGGUUGAAAUUAUUAAACCAAAGGUGGAAUUUGUGGAAAAUAAAUCAGUUGAUGCCAAGUCAAUCAAAUCGAAACGUUUGGCAUGGUUACAUGUUACAAAGCACUUCAAUGCUCUAAAUUUUCGUCAUCGUUCGAUGGAACAAAUUCAAGUACAAUGGCGUAGUAUGAAAAAUUCAGCUAAAAAAGAAUAUCAACUGAAGAAUCCCAAGUCUACAAAUAUGUUAGAAGGUCUGCCGAUGUUGGAGUUUAUGGAGGAAAUGUUAAAGGAACCAGCGAUUGGUGGUACCCGUAGUCAGACUCGCAACUCGGCAAUACAAAUUAAAAAGGAAUUGCUCGAUGAUUUAGAUGAAGAAGAUGACACACCGUUGGCCGCAUUACCCGCAACCCUUUUCAAUAACACCAGCAACAGUGAAGACACCCAACCUACAUCGACAUUGGCACUAUCACCUUCCACUUCGGCUGAAUCGCAAAAUUUAGAAUUCCAACAAAUUCCCGAACCCAUUAAUGAUGUGGUGCCAGUGAAGAAAAGAAAAAUUUUACCAAAAUUAAAAGAGAAGCCCGUUAAAGAAAAAGAAACAAAAUCGCCGGGUGAAAAGCCUGUGUUAGGUUUGAAAAUAAAGCGACAAAAAUGUGAAACUACAGCAACAAUGGGCGCCGAGGUCGAUAAUGUAGCACCUACAGGCGUUACAAUGGCGAUACCCAUUACAUCGAAUCUCAACAAUGCAAACUAUACCACAGCUAUGGAAAAUAAACCAGUCCCACACGCCACUUCCAACUUGACAACACCGCCACCAUCACCACCGGCCUCAAGAGAUGAAAAAUACAAAAAACAAUUAUUUGAUUUAAUGAAACGUGCACGUUUGGCUGAGAUGGAUUUUGCUCGCAAAGAACAUGAACAGAAACUGCGCCACGAACAGCAAGAACAGGAGAUUAAAUUACGAUACAUGCGUGAAUUACACGAACAACGAAUUCGUUUUGCACUUCUGGAACAUGAGGCUCGUAUGCGUGUCUAUUCUCAAGCCAGCAAUAGAACAUCAACAACAACAAAUGAAACGACAGAACUUCCGGAACCGACAAGGGAUACACCAUAG